CCCAUCCACCAACCACAGCGUUGUCCAGCGGGAAGCUAGAGAUGGUAUGGCCUCAGUCACUCACUCUUCACCCGGAGACCCCAGCUCAGGGUCCGGAUCCAACGUGAAUCGUCGUCCUCCAAGGUCGAAGCAGGGUUGUUUGACAUGUCGACGUCGGAAAGUACGUUGUAACGAACAGAAACCACGAUGUUCUCAUUGCGAGCGUCUCAACCUCCAAUGCAGUUGGAGACCAGUCACGAGUUCGAGCAUAAACCAGAUGCCAAGACAGCCGUCUGAAAACGGCAAUCAUAGACAGACGGAUAUCAACUCUGGGACUAUCAAUGAAAGUCUUUCGAUGACGGCGGGCGCAGUUGAUUUGAGCCAAAUGAGACAGCCUGUGGAUGGCUCGUUCAACGACAUGUUCGACUAUGCAAGUUUUAUGUGGGAUCAUGAAUUGGAAAAUGGGACUAUGCAGCCAAAUCGCUGGCGAGACCUGGGAUUUACAGAUAUGGAUGUUCUGAGGCAAAGAGAUGAAGUGGAAGAAACAAACUCCAUGAAUUCCUCGUUUCUACCAAAUGGUCAGAACAUGAACUUUCGAGAUCAAAUCUCUUCUCUGGAUCCUGCAGAGCUCUCGGCAAGUCGAAGAACCGGAUUUGAGUCCUCAGACUCUAAUGGGAAUGCCUUCGAAGAGCGGAUGCUGAAAGAUUACUUCGUCCGUACCGUGGUUCCACCCAUUAUCGCGCAAGUCGAAACUCAGUUCAGGUGGGCUUCCAUGAGACAGCUCUUAAUUUCAAUGUCAGCUAGCUCUGCAAUGGUACAUUACGCAAUUUUGGCCUUCUCAGAGCUUCUCCUUGGCCGAAAGUCCUACACCCAGGCGCCAAAAUACCAGAAGUGGUAUGAUAGUGCUAGGCUCGAACUUUCCCGACAGAGGACUGAGGGGAUCUUCUCAGGUGCGAGCCCGUCAUCGACAAUAUUUGAGCAUAUGCUUGCAGCUUUGUUCUUUCUAAGCUACAUCGAUCUACUCGAAGGCAGGAUUGUUGAUGCACAUGCAAAUUUAAAAGAAGCAUACGAGGCUUUUCAAGUGGCAGACAAGUCUCAACUGCGAAUGGUCAGCAAACGUCUUAUCUCAUGGAUGCGACUUUUAGAUGCUCGAGCCGUGACUGCUGGCGGCGAGGGUCUCUUUCUUUUGGACAACGAUGAUAUUGUUGCUCAGCCAUCACCAGCAAGCACUGACAUGACCGAGUCUGGAGGCAAUAGCAAUGAUAUUGGAGAGGCUAAUGUUGAGGAUGUUCUCUUUGACACCCUCUACCAACCCGGCUUCUUUUUUUUCCAACGAAUACAAUCAUUCAUGGGCCGCAUAUCAAAGAUAGAUCCCUGGCAUCGCUCACGAGGGACUGUGGAAGAUGAGACAGAGGUCAUGAGUAUUGCUGCCAAGAUCUCUCGUGACCUUGGCACACUCUGGGAAUCUCGGCCACCACUUAUGGACUAUGCCUUGAACGGGAACCUCACGUCGGCUCACAUUUCUCGUAGCCUAGUCUUCACCAUCACGAGAACAUUUCGCACUUACUUUGCGAACUACAAUGCAUCAAAGAUCCACCUACAUCGCGUCGCUUACAAGCAUCUGCCACUAUCGGCUGACACCGAGCAAGCGAUUUCCAACAUUCGAGACACAGCUCGCUUGAUGGUGGAAGUUGGUGCCGCGUCAGGGCCAGAACAAGAAAUGCUCCCAGUAAACAUGCUUUGGCCUCUGCUGAUGUGGGGUACUGAGGAGAAUGAUCCCGAGGCGAGGGACUGGAUUAUUGUGCAAAUUAAUAAUAUGGAACAGGUGGCUACUAAUGCAAAGAUCACGGCUCAAGUGCUGCAAGAGGUCCAGAAGAGGCAAGAUGUCUCGAAGCAGCGAGUUGAUGUGCGGACGGUCAUGCAUGCGUCUAGUGAUGCUUCAUCAUACAUUUCUUCACACCCCUCAGUAGCCAAAGCAGAAAGGGCUUUCCUUGAAUUACAACGCUAA